ACGACAUGAUUGUUCAGACAAAACAACCAAAGGGAUGGCCUCGGUAAGAUUCCGAGACACACUCGGUAUGCGCGCCAGAUUACUGCUGCUUUGCUGUAUAUAUCCUUUGGAAGCUCAACAUACACCUGUACCCCAGUUCCCAGAGCUGACAAAGGUCCAGGUUGGUGAAACAAUCAGUUUACAGUGCGACCUGAAGGGGUUAACUACAUACUGCUACACCAUAGCUUGGAUGAAGAUACAUCCCAGGACCAGGAAAAUGGAGGUCUGUAAGAACGGCUACACUGACAGCAACACCGGUGCCAAAGCGGGAAGUCAAAUAUGUCAUUUUUCUAUUAAAAAAGCAAAACUUGAGGACUCCGGUACUUACUACUGUUCAGCUGUGCAUGGACAAAUAAUCUACACUGGCAACGGGUCAACCGUGGUAGUAACAGAAAAAAGAACCGAACCCCCGUCUAUCGAAAUCCUCUGGCCGUCGGACAACUCCCUCCAUUCCUCAGUCCCUCUCUUGUGCUUGAUCUCUGGAGCUGUUCCGUCUGAAGUCCGUGUGUCAUGGAGCAUAGACGGGAGAAAUGAAAGCGGGCUGACCGAGUCCAUUUGGACAGGUGAAAGUGAUGCGGUCACAGAGUCCGUCAUGAACCAGGUCCUGGUUCCUGUGGAGGAGUGGGAGAGAGGAAUUACGUGCACCUGUAUGGUGGACAUUGAUGGUAAUAAUACUUCCAAAAGCGUACAAAGUCAAGGUACAAAUAUGUGCACGGUGCUUCUCUAUGGAGCCAUAGCUGGAGCAACUGUUACCAUCAUCGUGGCAAUCUGCAUUGCUGUAUACUUGCACUGUGGGUCUUCUAGAGAAAGUAACGCAAGUACAUGGUUUGUAUUCAGUUCUUGGUCUCAUUUUUUGUUUGGAAUUAACAAAGUGAACGUGUAGACAAGCCCCAAAAGGCCACACGGCUGAGGUACGUCUAAUAUAUGUCUUGUGCUUAUUUCAGGGACGAGAGAAGAACUACAGCUACGGAGCAUAGAAUACAAUCAUCUGGGAGGCAAGGGAGACCAUCACGAACGGCAGUCAACUCAUCCGUUUCGG